UGCGGAGUUGUGGCGCGCGCGCCCGCACUCACACACACGCUAUGGCGCUGCCGUGGUCUCUGUUGCUGGAGCUGCUGCUGUAUGGCAGCUGUUUUAUAUGUGGGAUCAUCACAGCCGCCUCUGUUACAAUCUCACAGGGAAGUUUUGCUGGGAAGUGUAUGUUGUACGGUUCUGUGCGUCUGAACAACACAUCCAUCAGUGUGCUUACAUCCAGUUCUCCCUCUCUCUGUUACUUCGUGUCAGCCAUCUCAGUGUGUGUGGCUGUCUUCUGCUUUUCAGUCACUCUCUACUGGGUCUACAUCGCCUGUUUUGAGGGAGAGGUGAAAAGAGAGAAAUUAUGGAUGAACAUUACUCUUGGCUUGUCUGGAGUCUUCCUCUUCUUCCUCUUGGUGACGGGAUGCAUCCUGAAAAUCGGCCGAGACAAACUGUGUGACUCUUUGCUUAAUACACUGACCACCAAUAUAACGAAGUGUGAAGACGCGCAAGAUAAGUCUUGGUUGAGCCCGAUCAACGGGAGCCAGUUCUACUCCAGACUGCACAGUGCAGAGAUCGCAGUAUGGGUGAAUUUCUUCUUUUGGAUGAUCAUAGCAGGUCUGGUCCUGCUCCAGCGCAACAAAGGGUCAGAAACCCUGUCAGGAGGAGGGGAACCAUCAGCGACCGCUUCUGAAACUGAGCCCUUCUUCAACCGCCCAGGACGUCCUUAGUGUCGCCCCACACUAAAGCAGUCUGUGUCCCUUGAACUCUCUUACACACGCAUACACACAUACGCUCACAUUCACAAACGCACUGCUGGCUAGCUGAGCCAAAAGGAUUUUGGCAGUUCCAGUAUACGGUCUUGAUUUUGUUCACUAGCAUUGCCAAGGGUUAGUUGCCAUGGUUACUGAUCUGUGGCUGGCAGCACAGACCUGGCAGGUGAUCGUGUGCGGUUGCCAGAUUGGUGGAGUGACCUGAACUGAUUGAGACACAGCUUUAUGUAAAGAGAUCAAAUCUGACAACACUGCCAGAGUUUUCACCAACUAAACAUGAGGAUACAAAUCUUAUGAUUCUACAUGGUGACUCUAGUGUUUGCUACUCUCUGGCCAAAACAUUUCAUUAGCACAUAUAACAGUUUCAAGGCUUUUGUGGAAUAACAUCCAAUAAAUUGAACCUAGUUGACCUGGAAUCAAACCAGGUUAAGGUUAAUGCACUCUACUGUAACUUUUCACUAUUAAAGGGAUAG